UCAGAUUCAAACUCAUCUGGCUAUGAUUUGGUGCGGACUUUGCGAAUGGCUGGAUACGGGAUGUUAAUAAUAGGCCCUUCGUUGCAUUACUGGUUCAAUUUCGUAUCUCGUGUUUUCCCGAAACGCGAUCUCUUCUCCACUUUCACGAAAAUGGUGUUAGGGCAGAUGGUAUAUGGCCCUACUGUAACUGCAUUGUUCUUCUCUCUCAAUGCUGCUUUACAAGGUGAAAGUGGUUCCGAAAUUAUUGGUCGAUUGAAACGUGAUUUAGUACCUACACUGAAAAGUGGCGUUAUGUACUGGCCGAUAUGCGAUUUUGUGACGUUCAGAUUCGUCCCCGUACAUUUACAGCCUUUGGUGAGCAACUCAUUUUCAUACCUAUGGACGGUUUAUCUAACUUACAUGGCAAGCUUAUCGAAAGUUAGUACGAGUUGAGAUCGUUUUAGCGACCACUAAACACACGCCACCUGGCAUGGCACCUUCAUUUUAUCCCGUUAAGAGUGGGGAUUCGUUUUAUUCACAAGAAUUACAUGAUGUAACUAGCUUUAUUUCUUUUCUUCCUUUUAUUCCAAUUAUUGAAGUAAUGACAAAUUACAUGGUGAAAAAUUAACUGAUCCGAU